CCAGAAUUUCCUCCACUUUCAUCAUCUGGAAUUGCUUUAACACUAGAACUAAUCAUGCUGUGGAAAACGGGACUGAUUAUUCUGUGCUGGGGCUUGUCGUCCGGGGAACUCCAGGACGGGCAGUCCGGCACUCCUGCUACUCCAGCGCGGAGAACUUUGGAUUUCGGCUUCGUCCCCUCCGGAGUUUACGAUACCGUCGCCUAUUACGAGCCUGGGGCCAUUGGGAUUUUAUUUAACAUGAUGCACGCUUUCCUCUAUGUGGUUCAGCCUAACCCGUUUCCUGAAGAUCUCGUCAUCAGAGUGGCGAAGGAUAAAUUCGGAGCCAUACAAUCCGAGUACCAGAAGCCAGAAAACAUUGUUCUGACGCUACAGGUGAUUUAUUAUGAGAUUGGUUUUGUGGUGUGUGCGGCACUGGGCCUGCUGUUCACCGUGCUGCUGCCGCUGGUGGGGCUUCUCUUUUGUUUGUGCCGCUGCUGUGAUAACUGUGGAGGAGAGAUGCACCAGAGACAGCGGAAGAACGCAGACUGCCUUAGAGGACUGCUGACCACACUGUUACUCACAACCACCUUCAUUAUCACGGCAGGGGUCCUUUGUGCAUAUGCAGCCAAUCAGAACCUGAGUUCUCAGCUGAAGAGCGUGAGGAGGCUGGUGAAGAGUAACCUAAGAGACCUGCACACCUUCGCCAAUCAGACCCCUGCACAAAUUGAUUACCUGAUCUCUCAGUAUGGCACCGUGAAGCACCAUGUGCUGUAUGACCUGGAGAAUGUAGGUCUUCUCUUGGGUGGAAGGAUACAUGAGGAGUUGGGAAAAGACGUGCAGCCCUCCCUCGACGCUGCUCUCAGCAUGACUGGAAUCAAAGUGGAGAAAGCCAUUAAAGCAAUGCGAGACACCAAGGAUGCUCUAGAGAAUGUGAAUUUGACCUUGGAGACUUUGCAGGAAGGAACGGUCAAACUGCAGGCUAACCUCAGCCUGGUGCGCGGCAGCCUUAGCAACGUCCUGAACGAUCCUCUCUGCAAAGAUGUGCGCUCGUCGGAGAUUUGUCGCAACAUACUUAUCACCCUUCCCAGGCUAGAAAUUGCAGCCAACUACUCAUCGUUGCCUGAUGUGACCGAACAGUUAGACAAAGUGAACGAAGUUCUGAAGACGGAUCUCAGCCAGAUUGUGGAAAAGGGGUUUACAUCAUUCAAUGACACUCCCACCAUGGUAACAGAUCAAACCCGAAAUAUUGUUGAAGGGGUGAAGGUUCUGCUGGAAGACAUUGGGUCUAACAUCACCACUUUCACCAAGCUCUUCCCGGUUCACAGCUCUCUGACCAACUUCACCAAAAUGAUUACUCACACACACUCACAGAUCGAGGACAUCUACCCACAGAUCGAUCAGAUGGAUUUCUACAGGUGGAUCUGUUGUAUUACCCUGUGCUGUAUGGUUGUGCUUAUCCUCGCCUUCAAUUUUCUGGGAUUGUUGUGUGGUAUUCUGGGAUUUGACAGGCACGCUUCUCCAACCACACGUGGAUGUGUCUCUAACACAGGAGGCAACCUGCUCAUGGCUGGUGUGGGAUUCAGCUUCCUGUUCUCUUGGGUGCUCAUGGGAGUGAUAACAGCUCUGUUCUUGGCAGGGGGGAAUCUUGAGAAGCUUGUUUGUGAACCCUUCCAAACCCGACAGCUUUUCAAGGUGUUAGAUACGCCCAACCUUGUCAACUCUGCUUGGAGAAACUUCAUACCAGGAUACCUGUACAAUGACCCUGAGAUUGACCUUACAGCAUAUUCUCUUUACAGUAACUGUAAGGACAACAGAGGGAUUUACUCAGCUCUUCAUCUGGAUAAGAUCUUCAACAUCUCAGCCUUCUUUAACACCAGUGUGUACUCCAAGGAUGUGUCGAAGAAGUUUGAAGGGAUGAAGGUGGACCUGCGUGGCAUCAUUCUUCUGGAGUCAGAAGGCAAACAGAAUCUUAUCAGCUUUACUGAAACUGGCAUUAAUGAUAUUGACUUUGCUGCCUAUUCGGAGGAGGUUAAUAAAGGAGUGACUCGCGUUAAUUUAGUUGAUUUCGCCAGUCAACUUGAUGCUCAAGCUGAUCUGUUGUCUAAAGGGACCUUGCAGACUUCAUUAAAGGGACACGCUAACACUAUAAGGCAGAUCCACAUCCAGCAAGUCAUCCCGCUGGAGCAGUCCAUGAAAUAUGUGAAAGCAAGGAGCACGCUUAAUCAGAGCAUCAGACUUCUGGAGAGGACGUCCUCAGACCUGCCUCUCAGAGUUAGGGAUGUACUAGAAGCCGUUGAUGCCGCCCAGUUCCUUAUUUCCCACAAUGCAACAUUUUUGAUCAACCAGGAAACCGAGAAAUACAAGCAGACUAUCAUUGGCUAUUUCAAGCAGUAUAUGGACUGGAUCAGAACGUCUCUGGCCUUGGAGGUCGCUACCUGUAAACCGCUCAGCAACAUUGUGGACACUGCCGAGAUCCUGGGCUGCAGUUUCCUGCUGGAUUCAAUGAACACGUUCUGGUUUGGACUGGGCUGCUCCUCGUUGUUUCUGCUCCCUAGCAUUAUCCUGUCCAUCAAGCUUGCCAAGUUCUACCGCAGAAUGGACACAGAGGAUGUCUAUGACGACAUUGAGACAAUUCCCAUGAAAACCAUCCCUACCUAUGACACUAUGACUCGAUUCCCACGGGCCUCUGCGCCCCCGCGCCAUGCCGACUGGUGACUCUGAGGAGGACGCUCUGUUUUUAACAACAGAAAGUGCUAUUGAAAACUGGAAUUGAACCUUUGUGGAAUACUCUCUCUGUGAACAGCAGGCUCAGCUCAAACAGACGGCAUUAAGAAAAGGAAACUCGUAUACUUGAAGCUGGGACCUGCUGUCCAUGUGCCCAUGACAUCGAUCAAGAUGAAUUUUUAAUCGAAAUGUCCUUACUGUUGUUGUUGUUUUGACUAUUUUGCACCCUUAUGAUUUAAAUCUUAUGGACUGUCCCCUCAAUGAGCUAUUCUCUGAUGUCACAUCCUGUCAGUCAGAGAGGCUUCAAAGUAUACGGCUGUUUUAACUACUACAUGUGUCUUUGUUUACAGUCAUAAAUCACAUGUGACGGGCAUAACAAUGCUCCGUUUCUUUUUUCUUUGUAUAGUGCUUUUUAACAUUGUGGAGAAUUCAACAUAUUGAAGUCGAGACCACUGAGAGUCCGAAGGGAUUUUUGUUGAAACAGAGCAAGCCAGCCACCCAUGAGCCACAAAUAUUACACAUAAACGAUGUGUUUAGGUGUUUGAAAACAUGCUAAGUGCUAACUAGUGCUAAUACGGUACAGAUAGAUGUUGUCAAGCCAUUUCAAGGGUGAAUGCAUUGUUGCCUUUUCAGAUUUUUAGCUCGUGGUACAUGUAAGCCAUGCCACAAGUCAGUCACAAGGUCUUUGAUUAGUUUUACCUAGACUAUUGAGACUGAGAAGAACGCAAAACCACAUUUGAUACUGAUCUCUGGUUAGCCGUUUAAGAUGUCUGUAUGUGUUUAUGCUCUCUUUUGUACUUGGAAAUUUAAGAUAUGAUGCAUUUGGUUUUAGUAACAUCACUAAAAGAUCUUGGUAGCUUUAUGUACUUUCACAGUUAUUAAUGAUAUUCCGGUUGCUAAUUUUGCUGACUGUACUAACAGUUGUUCUCCAACACAUUGUUGGAUUACUGUAUGCUUAUUGCUUUUUGACACCAAAUCUUGUUCCAUUGUAGGUCUCAGGUCUUAGGGCUUUUUGUUUACUUGAUAUAACCAUAUUUGUGGUGGACAUAUGCUGAUUAUGUGAAAUUAUUGUCAGUCAGCUUUAAAGCGAGUGAAUGUACCGCGGAGACAUUUGCUGGUACGAGAGCAAGGGAAGACAACAGAGCCCCUCUACGACGACUUUUACAGAGCCUAUUUAACGCUGUCAUAGUCAUUGACAAUUACUCCACCAAAUAUUUCAGCUGUUUAAUGUUAGAGACAUGUCAGGUGCUACAUAUUGUUGCUCAGAUCCUUCACACAUUGUGUAUAUGACAGUGUUAUCAGGGCCUCAGGUAAAAUGUUGUACUUGAUUUAUACCCAGAAAGGUCCCUUCACCUCACAGUCUCACUGUUUUGCCAUACCACUUGUAGCAUGCGCAUACUUGGUGUUCAAGCUUGCUCGAAGAUGUUAGUUGUGGUGGGCCUGGUUGUCAGUGCCGUUGGCUUUCAAGUCCUUGUGGUUAGGCUGGCUAAAACUGUAAAAUAUUGUGAAUAAAAUUUCAGAUGAAAAUAA